AUGCCACCCAGCAUUAACCGUGCCACCCAGCUACCACCGUGCCGCCCAGCACCCACUGCGCCACCCAGCACCAACCGUGUCACCCAGCACCCACUGAUUACCCGUCCCCCACCGUGCAGUCCAGCACCCACCGUGCCGCCCAGCACCAACCAUGCCGCCCAGCUCUCACCGUGCCACCCAACACCCACCAUGCUACCCAGCAACCACCGUGCCUCCGAGCACCCACCGUGCCGCCCAGCACCCACCAUACCACCCAUCGCCUACCGUACCGCCCAUCAACCACCAUGGCAGCCGUCGCCCAGCAUGCCACCCGUCGCCCAGCAUGCCACCCGUCGCCCAGCACACCACCCGUCACCCACAAUGCCACCCGUCACCCAGCAUGCCACUCAUCACCAUACUCCACCAUGA